AGCAUGGUUGUCUGUGAAAAAAUGUCUGGGGUUUGGGUAUUCAAGAAAGAAGGGUUUCGUUUAAUGGAAAAUGGUGAAACAGAGAGAAGCAGAUUGAAGAAAAAGGUUUUGGUUCACGUGGCAAGUGGUGAAGUUGUGUCUUCGUACGGUUCAUUGGAGCAAAUAUUGAGUAAUUUAGGGUGGGAAAGGUACUAUGGAAGAGACCUUCAACUGUACCAAUUUCACAAGCAUUCUUCCACUGACCUUAUUUCCCUUCCAAAGGACUUCUCCAAGUUCACCUCUGUCUAUAUGUAUGAUAUUGUCAUCAAGAACCCUAAUGUCUUCCAUGUAAGGGAUAACUGACCCAUUCCAUUACCUUUUUUCUUCCUCUACAACAAUAUUCUA